GGCUUUUUGACGUAUAUUUCAUUCAUUCAAUACUUAUGUACAAUUGUGUACUUAGAUAUUUCAUAUUUCUGAUCAAGUAAUAGAGUGAUGCAAAGUGUACAAAAGUAAUGGUUGAUUUAUGGCAGUUAUUUACGUAAAAUAGGAAAAAUUAUAGACGUAUUUAAUGGUUUCGAAAAAUGUAGAGAAAAAUAGGACAUGUAAAAAAAAAAUAACACUAUAAACUUAUUUAAUAAUGUGUUUACGAUAAAGCUUGAAAGCUGCCUGUCGUUCUUUAAUAUUUUGGAUAAUACAGCGCAAAUGCGAAAAUGGCCCAAAGCUCACACGGUGGAAGUCACAGACGGAAUAGAGACCACGAUGGAGGAGGCUUACGUUAUACAAACACAGACUGGGAAGCCAAGGAGGCACAUUACCAACGAGAACUGGACGAGGCACGCGCUCGCGCUACCCAGAUGGAGAAGACCAUGAGAUGGUGGUCAGACUGCACCGCCAACUGGAGGGAGAAGUGGAGUAAAGUGCGCACUGAACGAAAUAAGGCAAGAGAAGAAGUCAAGGCACUCAAAAACAAAGUAGAGAUUCUCACUAAAGAGUUAGGCGCAGUAAAGACUGAAAAAAAUGAAUUAGAACAACAACUCGGCGAACUGAGGCGAGACAACGACAAGUUGCUCAGUAUAGGUGAAAGUAGAAUCGUAACGGCCGAUCUCACCGAAGACACUGUCGAGCUACGCAGGAAGAACAUUGUCUCCCCAAACGAACAGAGACAACGGGCUUCCUUAGACUCGCACAAGCUCUCCAAUGUAGACAAUGUACUCGCUAACAAACUUAGCGAACUAAGAUUGAGAUUGGACGACACUUCGAAAGUUUUACAAAACGAAAAAGAUCACAAAGCAUUCCUGCUGGCCAAAAUUGAAACUUUGACCACAGAGCUGCAUAGCGCGAAAAUGGAGCUGGCCCACGGUGACCGAACGCUGGGCUCGACCGAUUCAAGCCACAGCGAAGUGGAGAGACUCCAGAAUGAACUGCAAGACGAGAUAGCGAUCAAACAGGUACUCGAAGAGAAGAUGACCGAAUACAAAAUGGAAGUAGAGAGAUUGAAGUCGGAGAACACGAUACAGUGGAGCAAGAGAGAAUUGUUGGAAACUGAAAAUAUCGCCAUACUCAGAGAGAACAAGAAAUUGUACAGCCAAAUCUGUGAGCUCCGUGAACAGAUCCACAAGUUGAACAGAAUGUCUGAUGGCAGCGCGUAUGGGUUUAGUGAUCGCUUGGACUCAAACAUCCUGUAUGUUAGGAAGACCAGCGCGAGUCCACGGUCGCACGAGUCCAGCGGCUCCUCCGAGGUCAACAUGGCACAUUACGAAGCAAAAACCGGGACUUCGGGCGACGAAGACGAUCUAGCUAUAGUCGAAAGAAACGAAAACUGCUAGCAUACCUUGUCUGGGAGAAAGGCAGAAUUUGUUAUCUCGAAAUUCGUAGGAAUCACACAAGAAUGACUGAAAUGACUUUUCCGUCAAAGAAUAUUUAAUCAAAAAUCCGCCAGUGACAAUCAGUUUGAAUGAAAUAAAGAGUUCGAGAUUUGAUAUGGGUUCUUUCUUAAAUAAUGGAAAAAUGAAUUUAUAAUUUUUCGGCUGCUGUAGCGUAAUAAUAAUACGAAAAUGAAGUCAAUGAAACUAAUUAAUGUCACAGAGUAAACCAAUAAUUUGCUUAAAUGUUUCAUUGGUAUAAUUCAAACUGAAUGAAACUGGGGAGCCUGUAUGGGAUAAUCAUGGUAAUUCGUAACGUGCGUAGUACAAAUUUAGAAUCACUUCGUGUAAUUACUUCUAAAAUAACAUACCUAAUAACAUUGCGUAAUGCAUUUAUAAAAUUCAUUCCACGCGCUUAAACAUAAAUUUUAUGUAAUUUUUUUUUAUAUACUAGCAAACUAAAUGUUGCCAAAUAUUAAUCAGGGACAGAUAUCACUGUAACUAAAAAGGUACUCGCAAAAAAAUAGGGAUGAAUUUAACAAAACUAUUAAAAUAGUUUUAAAAAAUAAUUACAAUAAUAGUUAACAUUAAAACAGUGUUAACAGGAAAAUGGCCGUAGAUGUUUGAACUCCUUAGAUAGGUAGUUAAUCUGGAAUAUUUAGAACGAUUUUCUUAAACACUAAAUGUUUAUUUUUCUUGCCAAUAUUAAGUUAAAAGUUUAUUGAAGUAUUGACAACUGUAUAAUACGCACGUGCAAAUUAUACGCACUGUAUAAUUUGCACGAAUGCAAAUUCACAUUAAAUGGAUAAUAUUGAAAAUGUUGUUUAAAAAAAACGGAAAAACAUAGCAUCUCGCUGUCGUCUAUACUAGAAACGAUUUUCCCGCCAUUAAAUAUGUACCUCAAAAGAUAACCUGCAAAAUGAAAAAUAUCCAAAUUAUUUAUAUUUACUUGUAAUUUGGAUAUUGCGUAAAAUCAUCGAGAGUCAACCACAACUCUAUUGUGGGUAUUAAUCACAAUCUCAUACUUCCUAUUCGUACACUUGACAGAGUGGUCGUGGUCGUGCAUCAGUCGGAUCCUGCGAUACCGAUGCUCUCGCGAUGCGACGCCUUGUGGCACGAUGUUUCACAGAGUGAGAGUAAUCAUUUAUGUUUGAGUGAGUCACAGAUUUUAUGAGGUCGGUCCAUCGUGUUGGAGAUCGUCCGCGAGAUUGCAAGGGAAUGUCGAGGGCAAAAGAUCUCGCGGACAAUCUCAUACACGAAGCAUGAAAUUAGACCGAAAUUCAAUUUUUAAUUACUGCGUGUAUUCAGGAAAAUCAUACACUUACAAAAACCCACUGCAUGUGAUGAACAUGAAAAAAAAUAUCCAUUCUGUUAUAAACAAAGAGCUGUGUGAUAUGUGUCCAUUUUUGCCGUUGCAACGAAUGUUGAAGCUAUCGAAUUAAUUUAAAUACUCACAGAUUAUUUUGUCACUAAUAAAUAACGUCAUUUUCCUUUGCAAAAUUAUUCAUAAGAUUACAUACUGUAAUUUGUUUUUGUUUGUACUUUAGUUUUUUAGUUAUUUAUUUACCAAUUUUUUCGAGUGUCGAAGUAAACUAUAACCAAACGAAAAUAUUUUUGGUAGACACUUUAGUAAAUAUUUAAGCACACGAUCAGAAGGAAUAAUGCCUUUUUGAAACUUAAACAUACAUUUGACAUGGCCUAGCGAAUGUACCAUUUGUUACAAUCACUUUAAUUGUUAAAAAGCAAUAAAAUAUAUCCUGAAA